AUGGGAAAUAAAUAACGCGUUAUAGAUGGGAUUUAAGCAGCAGCUAGCGGGAGCUAACGCGCUAACAGUUAAACAUCUCUGAGCAGCGAUAAACCCCCCAAACCCCACAGCAGACAUGGAUUCAGUUCACCGAUAACUUUCAGGAUUGGAGGAAUUUUCCCCAUAAACUAAAAGUUCGAUCCUGAACACAACCAUCUUGUUGUCUGAACACACUCUCGUGCACACACAUGGCCUGGAGCACAUUUGUAGCCAUGGAGUCUUCUAGAACGACGCCCGCAGACCCGCCAUGUCCCGAUUUGCUGAAACCGAACUCCGGCGCCGCCCUACAGGUUCAUCUGUACUACUGCAGCCAGAGCUAUGGCACUUCAAUGGUCACUCUUACAGCUGGAGAUUACACAGCCGAGGAGCUGUGCAUCAGAGCUGCCAAAGAGUGUGGUGUUAGCCCUGUUUACUUCAGUCUGUUUGGCCUGAUGAGGGAGAGCGAUCGCAUGUGGUAUUCACCCAAUCACGUCUUCAAAGUGGACGAGUCCACCAAUGAGAAGCUACUGUUCAGGAUAAGGUUUUAUUUCCCGGGUUGGUACGGGAGAGGGUUGAGCCACGCUCAUCGCUAUGGAGUCACCAAGAGCUCGGAGGCUCCAGUGUUUGAUGACAUCACCACCACGUACCUGUUCGCCCAGUGGAGGAGUGAUUUUGUGGACGGUUCAGUGAGUAUCCCUGUUACCCAUGAUUCUCAGGAGGAAUGUCUCGGCCUGGCUGUGCUGGACAUGAUGAGGAUCGCUAAAGAGAAAGGACGCUCACCGAUCGAAAUAUACAAUAACAACAGCUAUAAGAGUUUCCUGCCCAAAGACAUCCGCGUUCACAUCCAGCAGUACCACAUAGUGACGAGGAAGCGGAUCCGGUAUCGGUUCCGGCGGUUUGUGGAGCGUCUGCGGCGAUGUAGAGCUCCAGUCACCGAGCUCAUGCUGAAGUACGUGGCCAGUUUAGAGGUUCUGCAGCCCGGAUUCUACACCGAACGCUUCGUCGUCUCGCAGCCCGGUGGCACGGUGACCAUCGCUGUCUCUGGCAACCACGGAAUCCAGUGGACCAAAGGGAAAGACGCUGGAGACGGACAGGAUCUGCAGGUGUACUGUGAUUUUCCCGAAGUUAUUGAUAUCAGCAUUAAGCAGGCGAGCAAAGACGGUUCUGUCGAGAGUCGCAUCGUCACCAUUAACAAACAGGACGGACAGAUUCUGGAGUUAGAGUUCUCUUCUCUGUCUGAGGCGCUGUCCUUCGUCUCCCUGAUUGACGGCUACUACAGACUUACCACAGACGCUCAUCAUUACCUGUGUAAAGAGGUGGUGCCCCCUAGACUGCUGGAGGCUAUUCAGUGUAACUGCCACGGCCCCGUCUCGAUGGAGUUUGCCAUUAGCCGCCUCCGUCGCUGUGACAACGCUAAAGGCAUGUACAUCCUGCGCUACAGCCCGAAAGACUACGAUAAGUACUUCCUGUCUUCGUGGUUGGGGUGAUGUGACGGGGUGUUUGAUUAUAAACACUGUCAGAUUGUGCGCACACCUUCCGGUGAGUUUGUGUUGAGUGGAGCGAAGUGUGUGUUCAGCAGUUUGAGUGAGCUUCUGCACCGCUACCAGAAGGAGGCGCUGCGCUCUGAAGGCCACAUCUUCCAGUUCACUAGGUGCUGCCCUCCCAGGAACAAAGAUAAGUCGAACUUGUUAAUCUGCAGGAGUGAUCAGGACUCAGAUGUUCCGUUCUCUCUUUCCCUCCUCAAACACAGUCAGAUGGUCUUCCACAAAAUCCACAGAGAAGACCUGCAGAUGACUGAAAGUUUGGGACAGGGGACGUUUACACAGGUGUUUCGUGGAAUCAGGAGGGAGUUGGGUGAUUAUGCGAAGGUGCAUGAGAUGGAGGUGGUGAUGAAGGUGCUGGACAAAAGCCACCGCAACUACACUGAGUCGUUCUUUGAAGCAGCCAGUAUGAUGAGUCAGGUCUCCCAUAAGCACCUGCUGCUGAAUUAUGGGAUCUGUGUGUGUACAGAAGAGCACAUCAUGGUGCAGGAGUUUGUGCGUUUUGGUUCAUUAGAUACUUACCUGAAGAGAAACCGCAACUCCAUCAACAUCACCUGGAAGCUGGAGGUGGCAAAGCAGCUGGCCUGGGCCAUGCAUUACCUGGAGGAUAAGUACCUGAUUCAUGGGAAUGUUUGUGCUAAAAACAUCCUGCUUGCCAGAGAGGAGGACAGAGGGACACACACUCCACCUUUCAUCAAACUCAGUGACCCGGGGAUCAGCAUCUCUGUUCAACCCCGAGAGAUUCUGAUCGAGCACAUCCCCUGGGUUCCCCCGGAGUGUGUGGAGGAUCCGAAGAACCUGAGCUUAGCCACGGAUAAGUGGAGCUUCGGCACCACAUUGUGGGAGAUUUACAACGGAGGAGAGAAACCACUCAGCUCCUACGACUCCUCUAAGAAGCUGUUGUUCUAUGAGGACAGACAUCAGCUCUCUGCACCCAAGUGGACAGAACUCGCUGCUCUGAUUAAUAACUGUAUGGAUUAUGAACCUUUCCAGCGUCUGUCAUUCAGAUCCAUCAUCCGAGACCUGAACAGCCUUUUCACCCCUGAUUAUGAGUUGUUGGUGGAGAACGACGCUCCUGCUGUGAGGAACCGUGGGUUCGGUUUCUCCGGAAUGUUUGACAGUCAGGAGCCGACUCAGUUCGAGGCGAGGCACCUGAUCUUCCUGCAGCAGCUCGGGAAGGGGAACUUCGGCAGCGUGGAGAAGUGUCGUUACGACCCUCUGCAGGACAACACAGGUGAAGUGGUGGCGGUGAAGAAGCUGCAGCACAGCACAGCCGAACACCUGCGUGACUUCGAGAGAGAGAUCGAGAUCCUCAAAUCACUACAGCACGAGAACAUUGUCAAAUACAAAGGAGUGUGUUACACUGCAGGGCGUAAAAACCUGCGCUUGGUGAUGGAGUAUCUUCCGUUCGGCAGUCUGAGGGAAUAUCUCGCUAAAAACAAAGAGCGCUUUGAUCACAAGAAACUGCUGCACUACGCCUCACAGAUCUGCAAGGGUAUGGACUAUCUGGGUUCUAAGCGUUACAUCCACAGAGACUUGGCCACACGGAACAUUCUGGUGGAAAGUGAAAUGCGUGUGAAGAUCGGAGACUUCGGUCUGACCAAAGUUCUUCCUCAGGAUAAAGAAUAUUACACAGUGAAGGAGCCGGGGGAGAGUCCCAUCUUCUGGUAUGCUCCUGAGUCUCUAAUGGAGAGUAAGUUCUCAGUGUCAUCAGAUGUUUGGAGUUUUGGAGUCGUUCUGUACGAACUGUUCACCUACAGUGACAAGAACUGCAGCCCCCCUGCUGUGUUUAUGGAGAGGAUGGGAGUUGAUAAACAGGGACAGAUGAUCGUUUAUCACCUCAUCAGUCUGCUUAAAGGCAGCUACAGACUUCCUGCCCCUCAGGGCUGCCCUGCUGAGGUUCAUGGCGUGAUGAUGGCGUGCUGGACGGCUGAACCGAGUCAGAGGCCGACGUUCAGAUCUCUCAUUCGCUCCGUCGACUCCAUCAGAGAGAGUAAAGAGGAAUGAACUUCCACCACCAUCAUCCACCAGGGGCACCACUGUUCAGGUGUUAUUAGGACACAGCCUUUAGGACUCGCCGUCGUUCCUGUUUCAUCUGCGGGCGAGGAUUCAAACAUUUCACUGAUGUUUCAAAAGUGUGUGUACUUUAUACUCAGGGUGUGUGUGUAUGUGUGUGUGAGUGUGUGUGUGUUAAAGUGGUUUCUUUCAUCAGAAUCUGUCAGUGUUCAUCAGCUGGAGCUUUAAUGGCAGCGUUUUAUAUAAAAAAAAGUUGUUUAAGUCGCAGCAUCACACUACACCAUUAUAUUACACUCUGGAACAGGAAAGCGGUGUGUGUGUGUGUGUGUGUGUGUGUGUGUGUGUGUGUGUGUGUGUGUAAAAGCCUACUCGUCUCUGACUUGCAUUAGUGCUGUGAAUUCCUGAUCGUUUCAUUUGAUUUGAUUCGAUUCACUGAUUCACAAAUUGACUCCUUCAUCUUUUACAUGAUGAUUGUUUUUUCCUUUGGCUGCAAAUCUUUUUGAUACGAACCUGUUACCAUAGCGAUGUCCUGUAUGAUGUAUGGGGAGAAAUCGGCCAAUGAUUUCUAACACAUUUCGUUUUUUUUUUAUACUCAACCACUUAUCAGUGUGAAGUGAUUCUCUACAGUGAGACGCUCGGGACAAAACAAACUCAUUCUUCUUCUUGGACUGAAACUUUUUGAUAGUGUAUUUUUUUUAUUAAAUAUCGACGGUGUGUGUUGUAUCGAUAGAUUUUUAUAUGAACAUUUUGUAUCAUAUGUUGUGAACAUUAAUAAAAAGAAUAAAUG